AUGGACUUCAUGGGUUUAUUGUCAAGAGUCAUAGGGACAAGUAUGUAUAAAGUACUUCAUGUGUUCCUGGCAGAGAGCCAGUGCUCUCAAGAUGGAAUUCCUUGGUUGCACCAAAACAGAUGGUCGAUGUGCACGCGCUGUGUGCCUAGCUCUGUGCUGGGCACCAGCAGUACAGUGCUGGACGCAGGCCGGGUCUUCCCUGGAGGAGCUCACAGACUGGCCAGGUCUGAGCACCUGAACCUAAGCACUCUGGGGAACCCCCAGCAUGGGCCCGUUUUGCCAGCACUCCUAGAGUUUUUCCUAGAACUCCUAUUGAGAUAG